CCGCGCUCGCGCUCCUCUGUGCAUGCUCUAGCACCGUUCAGCCGCGCGUCUGUGCCGUACCCGCGCCACCCGCAAGUCACGCACCUGCCUCUCGCCCUCGCUUGUGUCGCCCGAGCGCGCCCCGUCGCCAGCGCGCGGCUGCGGGCCUGCCAUGGCCUCGGGCCAGCCGCCGUCCGGCUCCGCACCUGGCGCAGCGCCAUUGCGCCAGCACCCCACCUCCGGUGAGCGCCGCUCGCCGCAGCAUGUGUCCGAAGGCAGCGGCAGCAGCGGCGGCAGCGGCGGAGGAAACACGCCGCUGCGAGCCUACGCCAUCCCGGCGCGCUCGUCGCCGCUGCGGCACUCGCCGUCGGCUGUAUCGCUAGAGAGCGCUGCGGCGGGCGCGCACGGCGGAAGUCUCAGCGACGCCGAGGACGAGCGCGAGGUCGAGGCGUCGGCGGCGCUGCGUCCGCGCCGCGAGCCGCCGCCGCUCUCGCCCUUCUCGCAUGCCACGCCCUGGAGCGCCGACGAGCUGAGCGAGGAGCCUCGGCGCGGCACGCUGCGGCACAGCGCUUCGCCGGCCCGCGUCGCACAUGCUACGCCGUCGGCUGCACAGCGUCACGCACUGCGCUCGCCGUCGCCCGUCACAACGCGCGCGCUCGAGGUCGACAUGGCUGGCAUGCAUUUGAGCCGGCCACGCUCCUCCGACCCCGUCUCGCCAGACUCGCUGCACAGCUCGUCGCUGGGCGCGGGCAGCUUCGGCAACCUGCAGCCGCACGGCCUUGGCGUCGCUGCGGCGGGCCAGCCGUCCAUCUCGUCCGACUCGUAUCUAUCAAAGAUGCCGCGCGAAGACUCGGCCCUCUCAGAGGCAGACGGGCCUCCUUUGACGAUCAACCGGCGGCUGCAACGCAGCUCCUCCACUGCCGGCAUCUUCGAUCUCGACGAUCCGCCAGUGCCGCAAGGGCCGCCUCAGCCCAUGACAGUGCCUCGGAUCCGCCAGCAGUCAUCCUUCAGCGACCCGUUCACCUCGCGUGCCGACGAGCCGCUGCUCUCCCCGCGCAGCACGCGCUCGGGCUUCAGCCAUGCGCAGGGGCCUGUCUCGCCGACGCCUGUGCCGUCCAGCUCGCCCGAGGCGGUGCGGCGAGCUGCGCGGCUGAGCCUCGGGCCUGCUGCGAUGUCCACGUCGUCCGGCGGCGCGCUUAGCGUCCCGAUCCCAUCCGCGUCGGGCGCCAUCAGUCCCGUCGGCGGCAAGCCGGGCAGAGCGCCAUUCGACAAUGCGCCGUCCUUCUCCAGCCCUCUGGCGUAUGCGUCGACGCUGCCGCAGGAGCAGGCCGACGAUCUCGAGCUCGACCCGCCUGUCUCGCCGCCAGAGAGCUUCGACAGUGCUCGUGCACACAGCGAGCGUUUCCAGGGCAGCGGCAGCAGUGUCCGCUCGACGUCGCCGAGUGCGCCGCGUCGCGAGCGUUCCAGCUCGGCGCGCGCCAAGCUCAUGGCGUGGGGCGAGGGCCACACGCCGCAGUCGCUGCCUCGGUCGGUAGGCGGGCCGUCAAGAGCAGCUGUGCCUGGCUUUGACUCGGUCUCGGGCGACGCCGGCACUUCGCCCGAGAGCACAACGUCGUCUGCGCCGAGCUCCGUCUCCAAGGCGGCGCGGCGGAAGAGCGCGCUUCCGCCCGGCUCGGUCAUGGGCCCGCCUUUGAUCAUCCCGCGGAAGGUCAGCACGCCGCUGCGCAUCCCGACGGAAGCCGAGCUUUCUGCUUCCUCGUCGCUGCCACGCGAGCGAGGAACGAUGUCGGCCCGUAUUGCGCGCGACGGCAGCGAUGACAACCUGCUCGGCCUGGGUCUGCCGUCUCCGUCCGGCUCUGUCUCCACCACAUCGAGCGGAGCUCCUGGCUCGUCUGCGUUCUCGCCGCCCGUCGCCUGGGAAGGUCGGCCGCAUCUGCAGACUGGCGAAGGCAGCCGCCCGCCGGUGAGCGCGAGCGGCAGCCUUGCCAAGCGACGGCGGUCCUCGGCCGCCGGAUCGUCGGCCAGCCGCGCGCAUCGUCGUGCGCGGUCGCUCGGUGGUGCGCUUCUGGGCGACGCGGCCGCAGCAGUGGGUGGGCCUGAUGGUGUUGAUCCGAAUCUCGUAGCUGCCAUCCGUGCGGGCGACUCGAGCAUCCCAGGCACGCCCAUGUCGACGCAGCAAGAUCUCGUUGCCGCCAUGCAGGCAGCAGCCAUCACCUCGUCGCCGACGCUGCACAGCUCGACACUCGCACCGCCACAGGUGCAGUCAGGCGGACCGACAUCGCCGCGCAUCGCCUCGCUGCCAUCGACACCCAUUGGGUCCUUGCGGCAGCCCGGUCGGCGGCCAGACAUGCUCAACGUGAUGCCAGACACGCGUGCUCUGGCGAACAGCUAUCCCUCGAUGCAAAUACCGGGCAGCUCUCUGCGCAGCGCUGCCUCACACGGCAGCGGCACCGAGGCCUCACCUGGCUCAGAAGAGUCUGCGCGCGCCUCGCCAGCGACUUCAGCGGCAACGCCAGGCAGCGCGCCUGGCGCAGCUCAGCUGGUGACGCCCACGCACGCUCCUCUCGGCGCGCCCGACGGCUAUGUGCGAUCGCGUGUCCGCAGCCAAACACUUGCUGCCGCGACCUCGCCCGUGCCUGGCUCGGCGUCGUCCUUCAGCUCCUCCAUCGGCGCUGGCGGUGGCAGCAACCUCGGUCUGCCGCUCGGCGAGGCGAUCCGGCUCCAGCGCAUGCCGACAUCCGUGCGCCUGGCGACCGACUUCUACGUGCCGCCGCACUCGCCGUCUUCGACGCGGGCUGACUCGAACCGCAUGUCCAUGUCCUUGGCGUCUCUGCCGUCUUCGGCCACGACGCCUUCGACGAGCGGCGAGGCUGGCCGACAUGGAUUGGGCAUCGGCAUGAGCAGCGCGGCGACGGGCGGUGACACGCGCCUCCACGCGCCGCACACGCCCAGUGCGACGCGCAGCAACAGCCCGAUUCCGGCUGCGAACAUUGCGUUGCCGCUCUCGACGGCUACGUCCGGCCGAAACUCUCCGGUGGCCAGCCGUCGCUCGCACACGCUCGUCUCGAUCUCGGGCACGUCAAACACCAGCCCUACCUCGCCGAUCUCAGGCUCGCGGCCCGGUCGGCCAGCCUCGCCUGCCGCGCCAAACGCAUCGCCUGCCACGACCUCCUCGGCCCUCGAGCCCCGCUCAGCCGCGACUGGCUCUGCGUUCGCGCCGCUUCUUGCGAUGCCGCCCAGUCCUCAAGUCAGCCGCAAGCCUCUCGCGCGCACAGAUCGAGGCAAGGCGCGGGACCUGUACGAUGUGCCAGACCUUGGACGACCAUUCGAUCCCACUGCACACCCUGCGCCGUGGAUCUCGAGUUCGCAAGAAGUGCGCCAGCGGCCUCCGAAGAGCCUGUCGCCUGUCAUUCCUAGACGGCCUGGCUCUUCGCAAGGCGCCGAUGGCGCGACCAGCAGCAGCCAGACGAUGGCCGUUCGCGGCCGGGCAUCGUUCGCGCUGCCCUCUGGCGACGGCCGAAUGAUGCCGACUCGCGGACAGCCGACGACUGGCAUCGACGAGUACGCUCGGAUCAUCGUGCAGUCGCGCAAUGCGAAGAUGCAGAAGUGGCGCGCCCCCUCGCGCAACCCGCUCUCGCCUCCGCCUUCAAGUGCCGGCGCGCGCACGCCGCUACAGCGCGCGCAGACGGACACUGCGGGCCUGACCCUUGCCGACGCGCAGGCAGGGCUCGGCAUUGCCGGCUCGAGCAGCCCGCCCAUGCGCCUGCUCCGCCGCGAGACCACACUCGGACUCCUGGGCCCGCAAGGCUUCAUGAGAGCUCGGCAUGCGUCCGGCAGCCGAGGCACAUCUCCUGCUCCAUCGCCUCUCAGCUCGCCAGUGCCCGACAGCGACGAUCUGCCCGACGACAGCGCUGUCGCGGGCGAAGGAUCGCGCGAGAUCGAGUGGGUCGACUGGCUGGACGAGUACCGCCGGAUGAAGGAGGCCAAGCUUCGCUCGGAGCAGGAGGAGGCAGCUGACUCGCCGAAGCUCCGGAGCGUCGAGCCGAUUGAGUCCGCGACGGCGUCAAGCGACAUCGACGAGCUCGAUGCGCCGCAGCGCCGCUCGGAGGACAUCCUCAAUCGCUCCGCUCGCAGCGGCCUGUCCGCUGCGCUGGGCAUCACUGAGGCUCGCUCUCCUGGCCUCUCUACCUCGCUCGGCACCGACCUGCGCCAAUAUGAGCGGCCGCGCCGGCCAUCAGAAGCGCCGCGCUACCAGCGACAGCGCUACGAGGUCGCGCGGAGCUCCUCGUCGUCGCAGCUCGGCCAAGGGCUCGACGAGUAUGCGCCCUUUGCCAGCAGCAGCUACGCGCCGCCCAUCCGGCGCACGAGCCUGUUCCCUGACAAGCCGCGCAAUCUCUCGCUCUCGCCCAUCACGUCUCGCAUCACGAGCACCGGCUCGCAGCAGUCGCAGGCGAGCGCCUCUGGCCGCCGGCGGAAGAAUUUGGGCGGCAAGAUCGAGGCCUGGUGGGGCGCCGUCAAGUCUGGCUUUGGUGGAUCACCAGCCUCGAUGUCGUCGCCGCGAUCCAGCGCGGGCUUUGAGGGCCAGCGCAGCGGCUCGCUCCGGCGGCCCAGUGCGUCAGUCGCCGCUGGCUUCGCAGCCGGCACGGCCGCCGGCUUCAAUUCGCACGUCCGCAGUCAGACUAACAACCACCAGUCGGUGGCGCCCUCGUCGAACUCAAUUCACACCCUUCGAGCCACCUCGUCGGCGCAGAACCUCAAGCAGGCGCCUCUGCCCGGCAAGCGUGUGUCUGGCAACACGAGUCGCGCCGCAAGCCGGUCGUCUUCGGUCUCUGGCCAUGCAGACGACAGCGCAGAGCUUGGCAGCAAGCGGAAGGGCCCAAAGCUCUCGCUCAACAUCGACAAGGGCCUCAGCUCGUUCGACGCUGGUGCGUUUGAGGGUCUCGCUGGCAGCAGCGCUCGUGACAGCGGGCCCUCGGCGAGCUCGUCUGGGCCUGCGUCGGGCCAGCAAGUCGACAGCCGGCGUCCAUCGGAUCGCUCAUUCAGUAGUGACGUGCCCACCUCGCCGAAAGACACGCGUCGCCUGUCCGACGCAUGGGAGCAGCGGCGAGGCUCGGACACGGCCGCUGCAAGCGACGGGGCCGCCAGACGCGCUGUCGACGGCACGGUGCAGCAGCGCACACACGGCAGCCAAUCCGAGCGGUCCGAUUCUGGCAAAGGGCCCGGCCAUUCCGGCAUGCAGGCCUCGAGCAAGGAGACCACCAUCAACUCCAUCCGGCAGCACAUCCGGCAUCGUCUGGCAGCGUCGAAGGAGAGCUGCGACAAGGAGCUGCGACGCAUCGUGCAGGCGGUCAACUCCUUCGUGGAGGAGGCGAUGCAAGCCCGCCAGGAGCAGCAGCAGCUCGAGAGCGGCACGGACACGGAGCCGGAGGACAGCGCGCUCUUCGGCGUCAACGCAGACAGCCUCGCACUGGGCCUGAGCGCCAGCAUGACGACGGAGCCGAACAGCCGCGGGCCACAGCUCGCCCAGAUCUCGCGCGACAGCAGCGUGCACUCCAUGCUCGGCAGCUCGGCCUCGUCUGCGCUGCAGAGCGAGCAGUCUGACAGCUUUGAUCCUGAUCAGACGCCGCAGGCUGCGCUCGAGCCGCUGGAGGCACCUACACCGCGCCGCCCAUCAGCCCUGGCUGACACCACUUCGACGCUCGGCGAGUAUAAGCUGUCGCCUCCACCAGCUCGUGCGGCCGCUGGUCCUGUGAGCGGCGGCCCGUCGCCGUCUUGCGGCGAGCUGCUCGCCGGCACUCCGUCGGCGCCUCCGCGCGUGCUGCCGUACCGUGCCAUCUCGCGGGCGCGCUCACGCGAGAUGAUGCGCUCCGUCUCGGGCUCCCGCUCGACGUCGCGCUCGCACUCGCCCAUGCCCGGCGGCACCGGCAUGACGGACUCGCCGCAGUUCUCGCCCGCCAGACGCACGCGACCGCUGCCCACCGAGGACGCGCCGUUCGAACCGUGGAUUCCAGCGCUGCAGGACAUCGUCUGCGUGGCGAUGGACGUCAUCGACACCUCCAUCUCCGCGCUCGCUGCCCGCUCGGGCGCGUGCUCAGAGGUGAUCAGCCACGUGCAGACCAUCGGCCGCGCCUGGGACGAGCAGCCCGAGUGGCCUGGACGCGGGUGGUACGUGCGCCUCCUGCUGGCGGUCGCCGGCCUCAGCAGAGUCGUGGAGUGGUGGGAGGCCGAGAAGGGCUUCUGGAAUUUCGAGGACGAGGAUGAGCUGCAGGGCGGCGAGGCGAUCCGCUUCAUCAUGGGCGACCACGAGCAGCACGUUGCCCAGCCCGGCUCGGGCAGCCUGGCGGCCUCGACGGGCAUGCCGAGUCCGGUGCGCGCACGCGGCUUGCCGCUGCCGCCGUCGGCGCUCAGCAGUGGCACCAGCUCGCCUGCUCUGGAGCCGCAAGGCAGCAGGCGCGUGGUCUCGGAGGGUGACCGCUCUCGCCUCGUCGCGGUGCAGGCUGCAGAGGCUGCGGAGGCGGAUGCAGCAGGGUCCAAGCUCGCGCCAGUCGAGGAGUCACAAGCACAGCCCAGCAAGUCGACACAGGAGGGCAUCAACGUGCUCAUGGAGCUGAGCCUCGACGGCGAGCGCUUGCUGUACCUCAGUCCGGCUUGGCGCACGGUCGUGGGCACGGAUCCGAACGAGCUCUUCGACCGGCCCAUUGCCGACUUCCUCGCGCCGGGCGACGCAUCCACCUUCGCAGAAGCGAUGGAGCAGCUGCAGGCGAACGAUGCGCACACCGUCGAGGUGGCCUUCCGCCUGCAGGUCGACCGCUCCGUCGUCGCCGACGCCGAUGUCGAGUCUGAAGAGCAGGACGAGGCCGGCGACGCAGUGCUCUACUUCCAAGAGAUGGAGGGCAAGGGCAUGCUCAUGCGCGACCGCCAGUCUGGCGCUGCGUCGCACGUCAUGUGGGUCUUCAAGCCCACGAGCACGCCCGAGCCCGAGGCGGAGCUGCUGCCGGGACAGCAGCGCGUCGCAGCCGAUGCCGGCGAGCCGCCAGUCGUGGCAGGCCCUGUCGCCGCAAUCUCCACCGAAGCUCUGCUCUGCCGCAUCUGCGAGCGCGACGUGCCGGCCUGGUUCUUCGAGAAGCACUCAGAGAUCUGCAACGAAGUGCACCGCCUCGAGAUGGAGAUUGGCGAGUGCAACGAGACGCUGGCCGAGCUGCGCCGCGUGGUCAAGGGUCUCGAUCGCAGCGUCGAAGGACUGGACGAGGCGGCCGACACAGACGCACCCGAGUACAGAGGCGUCGCGCUGACCACGCCGCCGCCCUCUUCUGAGCCGCCGUCCGCUCUCGAGGCCGUCAACCGCUCCAUCUCGCCCCGCCACCCGCACGCCGCGAACGUGCGCAAGCAGCAUCUCCGCGCCCUCGAGGCCUUCGCCGAGGUGCUCAAGGUGGCAAUCUCCAUCUCGACGCCGGCUGUCAAGGAGGACACAGCGGAGCAGCCCAUCGAGCGCCAGCGUCUCUUGUCCCCCGACUCGGAAGGCAAGGUUGUCCAGGUGCGCGCGUGGAAGCGUCCCGUCAUCGAAGACGCUGCACUCGAGAUGCUGGCGGGCGACAUCGAGUCGGCGACGCGCAGCAAGCUCAGCGCGGUGAACCGCAUGCUCAACACCAUCAUCUACGUCGAGACGGUGCGCCAAGAGUGGGAGGCGCGCGUCGAGGCCGCCCUUGCCGCCGCCAGCUCCUCUGGUGGCUCGACUGGCUCGCCCGAGGAGGACGUCGAGGAGCUAGAGGAGCUUGCCGAUGACGACGCCGGCGAGAUGGAGGAGCGCGGCGAUCUGUCCACCGCCAUGGAGCUGUCUGAGCCAGAGGAGGGCGACACGUCCGGCAUUCUUCUGGAGCCCGACGAGCGCGAGCCUCUCCCUCCCUCAGUCGCGCCAUCGGCGACUGGGCGGGGCGAUGGUGUCGAGGACGAGGACGACAUUCCCGGCGUCGAGAGCCACAUGGGCGGCUCCGCUGCCGCCGAUCUGUCGCCCAUCCCGAUCCCGCGCGCGCCGGCGCCCCGGCCUGUGGGCGCACCCGACGCUGCGAGCAGCAAGGAGAUGCGCCGCGCCGGCUCGGGGAGCAAGGAAGCGGUGCCGCCGGCCAGCAGCCUCUCGGCCGCGGCUCCCGUCUCGUCCAUCCAGGCGCGCCGCGCAUCCCUGCUGGCGGCGUCUACCGACCGCUCGCUCCUGUCCACUCCGCCGCUCUCGCCGCGCCAGCCACCGGAGCUGAGCACGAGCGCCCUCAAGAGCCGCCGCGUGUCCGUCUCGCACCGCCACAGCCCUCACCUCAGCGGCUCCCUGACGCUCUCGCCGCGCCUGCCGCCCAUGGCGCCCUCGUCGCGGCCGACGGCCUCGUCGAUCAAGGACUUUGACAUCAUCAAGCCGAUCAGCAAGGGUGCCUUCGGCUCCGUGUUCCUCGCCAAGAAGCGCACGACGGGCGACUACUACGCCAUCAAGGUGCUCAAGAAGUCGGACAUGAUCGCGAAGAACCAGAUCACCAACGUCAAGGCCGAACGCAUGAUCCUCAUGACGCAGACGCAGUCGCCCUUCGUCGUCAAGCUCUUCUUCACCUUCCAGAGCGCCGAGUACCUCUACCUCGUCAUGGAGUACCUGCCCGGCGGCGACUGUGCCUCGCUCUGCAAGGCGCUCGGCGGCCUGCCCGAGGACUGGGCGCGGCAGUUCGUCGCCGAGGUCGUCGUUGGCCUCGAGCAGCUUCACGAGAAGGGCGUCGUGCAUCGCGACAUGAAGCCUGACAACCUGCUCAUCGACCAGAAGGGCCACAUCAAGCUCACGGACUUCGGUCUGUCGAAGUACGGACUGCUCGGGCGCCAGACGCGCCAGCACGCCGGCGCAUCCGGCCAGCGACAGAGCGUGCAGGGCGAGAACAAGUCCGAGGCUGGUCCCACAGGCUCAACCGCUGGCUCGCCCGCGCCCAGCUCUGCCGGCUCACUGGGAACGCCCAUGAGUCGCGCUGGCUCGCAGGGCAACGCUUCCUCGACGUGGCGCGACUCGUCCGCCGUCGGCGUGCCCGUGACACCAGGCCUCGCCGGCGUGAUGCAGGCGCAGACGUUCUACACUGGCCCACAGCGCGGCCGCCUCGUAAGCUCCUCGACAGACGCCAGCGAGUCAAGCAGCUCCGAGCACGCCCUGUCGGUCUCCGCCUCGACGUCGGCGCCAGGCGGCGGCAAGCAGAAGCUCGUGCCUGUGCCUGCGACUGCGUUGCUCGACAGCCCCGGCCAGCUGUUCGGCUCGAGCGUCCUUGCCGACGCCGCCGCUGCGCCGCAUGCGCCCUCGAACUCGGGCGCCCAGCUCAAGAAGUUCGUGGGCACGCCCGACUAUCUGGCGCCGGAGAGCAUCCUCGGCAUUGGCAUGGACGACAUGGCCGUCGACUGGUGGGCCCUCGGCGUGAUCCUGUACGAGUUCCUCUACGGCUAUCCGCCGUUCCACGCCGACGCGCCCGAGAAGGUCUUUGACAACAUCCUCUCGCGCAACAUCGACUGGGAGGAGGGCGCGAUGGACAUCUCGCCCGAGGCGCGCGACCUCAUGGAGUGCCUCAUGUGCACCGACCCAAAGACGCGCCUCGGCACGCAAGGCGCCGACGAGAUCAAGCAGCAUCCCUUCUUCGAGGGCAUCGACUGGAACAACGUGGCCGACGGCGAGGGUCCGUUCGUUCCGCAGGUUACCGACCCCGAGUCGACCGACUACUUCGACCUGCGCGGCGCCGUGCACCAGGAGUUCGCCAACGACUCGCAGGUCUCGUCGCGCAGCGAGUUCGCCAAGGCCAUCGAGGGCUCCAAGCGCCACCGCAUCGAUAUGAGCCGUCCUGCAUCGCGGCUGCGCAACCGCCUCGCCGAGCGCAUCAAGCACGAGCAGCAGGCGACCGACGAGUUUGGCUCGUUCAGCUACAAGAACCUGCCGGUGCUCAAGCAGGCCAACGACGAGGUCAUCCGCAAGAUGCGCAACGACCAGAUGCCGCCGCUCGCGCACACGCUCGAGCAGCCGCUAAUUCAUGCGCGCCAUCGUAGCCUCUCAGGCAAGGCCGGCGGGCGUGGCGGCGGUAGCAGCGGGCGUCUCUCCGGAGUUCCUGGCGGACCGCCGUCGCCCUCGACAUCGGUCUCCUCGCAGAGCUCCGUGCCCUCUCGGUCGACGGCACCAACGUCGCCGUCCGGAGUGGGAGGCGUGGGCAGCAGCAGCAGAGCGCACCACAAGCGCAUGCCUUCGGAACUGCCGGGCACUGUGGCGCCGUCAACCCCUCCCGUCGCGCCGUCGGCUGCCAGCGCCGCAAGCAUGGAGCGCCGCCGCUCGCACCUGGCGGAGAGCAGCGAUGCAGGGGUAAUGCGGCGUAGCUCCAUGCCGGUGCGUCUGCGGACCACAUCGCUGAGCAGUCCGGAUCGUCCUGGGCUGCCGAGCAACUGGAGAGAGGCGCGCCGCCAGGCCGAGCUCGCCGUCGAGCCGUCAGGCCUCGGUAGCAGCGUCGACACCCUGCCGCAUCAGCCGCCGUCCACGUCGACGUCUGCCGUGCCGGAGCAAGUGCACUGCCUCAUCGCCGAGGACAACCCGAUCUCCAUGCGCAUGCUCGAGACGAUCCUCGCUAAGCUCGGCUGCCAGUGCACCUCGGUGCGCAACGGCGCAGAGGCCGUGCGCCUGGCCAUGGGCGACACCAAGUACGCCGUGCUGUUCGUCGACGUGUCCCUUCCCAUUGUCAACGGCCAGGACGUCGCGCGCAUGGUCAAGUCGACGCGCAACGUCAACUCCCUCACGCCCAUCGUCGCGCUGGCAUCGUUCGACCGCGACUCGGGCCUCGACGCCUCGCGGAGUAUCUUUGAUGCCGUGCUCGCCAAGCCGCUCGAGCGCUCAGACGUCUGCGCCAUCCUGCCGCGCCUCGGCUUCAUCUCGCAGGCGCCGCCGCGCCGCUCGGCCGGCAGCCUGUCGGGCCCCUCGAGCGGCCAGGACGGCCCGCGGUCCGACGAGGCGGCGCCGAGCAGCGACACCGCAGCCGGCACGGAGCCAGCCUCGGCGCCCGUCGGUGACUCUUCGCGGCGCGGCAGCAGAGACUGAAGCCUGCGCCUGCUCCUCUCCUUUCCCUUCCCUAUCUAACGACUCUCCGCGCAACGCCUGCGCGCAUGCAUCUCCUCACGAACGCUCAAGCCAU